AAGUGAAUGGAAAUGGCCACAAACAUCGUGUCAGCCGUACAAGUGCACCUAUCUUCCCCGCAAAAAGGAAUUUUUUGCACCUAUGCCCACCCGGGCUGCCAGAAUCCAAAACCCCGAGCCGAGCGCGCGCUGAUCUAUAAAUUGCACCUCAGACAUCACAGCGAGGCACCAUACGCCCACACUCACUACUUGCCUCGUACUGUGUCCUAUACCACAGCUCCGAAAAGACUGCCAAGGGGCUCCGUCGUCCAUGGACGUGCCGACCGCUGGUGAAGCCGCCGCUGUGCCGCAGCGCACGGCGUGGGAGUGGGAGGGCCGGGCGGUGUCGCCGGUGCCGGCGGCGACGGCGGACGAGGCGUGGGCGCUGCUGUCGGACUUCCUGGCGUUCCACAAGUGGCACCCGCGCGUGGCGGUGUGCCGCCUGGCGUCCUCCGGCGCGGCGGCGGCGGCGGCGGCGGCGGCGCCCGGGUGCGUCCGGUACUGCGAGGGCACCCCGCCCGCCGACGGGACGCCCGCCGACUGGGCGCACGAGACGCUCCUCGAGCACGACCAGGCCCGCCGCUUCUUCCGCUACGAGAUGAACGACAACAACAUGGGCUUCGGCGCCUUCUUCGCCGUGUUCCGCGUCGUCCCCGCCGCGGCCGGCGGGUGCGAGCUGCGGUGGGAGUUCGAGUGCGAGCCCGUGCGGGGCACGCCCAAGGAGGCGCUCGAGGCGCGGCUGCAGGCCGGGCUCGACGGCAUGGCCGCACGCGUGCACGGGCACCUCAUAUCCGCGCGCGGUGCCGUCGCCGCCGCCGGGACUGCGGGGCUGGAGGCCGCCGAUGAGCUCAAGCUGGACAACUCCAUCGCGGCCUGAUCGAGCUCCGAGCACUCGAUGUGCAUGCCAGGCCCGGUUCCACCUCUGUGCGCACGUACCGGCGACGUAUGUUUGGUUGUGAUGGUCUCGUUCCUUUCUCGCGGUACUACGUUGUCGGAUGAUAUUUUAUCUUUGUUCUGUUCUGGGCCUUUGUUGGUUUGCCGUUAUGUAUGUGCGCGUACGUACCGUUUACUACAGUGCGGCAGUAGUACCCCUAUAUACAGCUGUACCGGGAAUAACUGUAUGAUAUUACUCGUAAUAUAUGCAAAUGUGCUCAGAGCAUGUGCAGCCUUUACCA